UCACUCCAUCAGGCCAGCAAUUUCUGCGAUGUGUGCACUGCAUAUGAUUGCUCCAUGGCAAAGAAGAGGAAAGCUGCAGAGCAGGCUUUGGGCGUCCCAGUCAACAAGAGAAAAUCCCUGCUAAUGAAGCCCCGACACUACAGCCCAAACCUGGACUGCAGAGAAGAAUGUGAUGACAGGACUGAGGUGGAAGAGGAAGAUGGCCUCCCAGAAGCCAGCGAUCGCACUGCCACAGAAGAAAUCAUGAUAAAACCUAUGGAUGAGAACCUUCAUUCGACUGCACAAGAAAACUCUGAUGGGAAGGAAGACAGAUAUGGCUGCUAUCAAGAGCUCGUGGUCAAAUCUUUAGUGCACUUGGGAAAAUUUGAAAAAAAUGUUUCUGUUCAGACCAUAAGUGAGAAUUUAAAUGACAGUGGCAUCCAGUCUCUAAAAGCAGAGAGUGAUGAAGCUGAUGAGUGCUUUAUGAUUCAUUCUGAUGAUGGAAAAGAAAAAAUCGAUGAUUCCCAGCUUCAGUUCUGCUCCUCAGAUGACAGUGAAAGUAACUCUGAAAGUGUGGAGAAUGGUUGGGACAGUAGCUCCAACUUCUCAGAAGAAACCAAACCACACAGGGUCCCAAAGUGUGAUUCUGAAACAGAAAGGAGAGACCCACAGACUGCUCACAUGGAACCACGGGACAGCAAAGCCCAGCCCUCAUUUGCUGGGAUGGAGGAAGAAGAUAAUGAGUGUCUGGAAGGCAUGACAGAAGAGUCUGUUGACCGGGAGAAGGCGAAGGGGAACUUGAGUUUGCUGGAGCAGGCAAUUGCUCUCCAGGCUGAGCGAGGUUGUGUUUUCCACAACACCUACAAAGAGUUGGACAGGUUUCUACUGGAGCACCUUGCUGGGGAAAGGAGGCAAACCAAAGUUAUUGACAUGGGUGGAAGACAAAUCUUUAACAAUAAACAUUCACCGAGGCCCGAAAAGAGGGAGACCAAGUGCCCUAUCCCCGGGUGCGAUGGCACAGGACAUGUGACGGGACUCUAUCCCCACCACCGCAGCCUUUCGGGGUGCCCCCACAAAGUGCGGGUUCCCCUGGAAAUUCUUGCCAUGCAUGAAAACGUGCUCAAGUGUCCCACCCCGGGAUGCACAGGAAGAGGGCACGUGAACAGCAACCGCAACACCCACAGGAGUCUUUCUGGUUGUCCAAUUGCUGCAGCUGAAAAAUUGGCAAUGUCCCAGGACAAAAAUCAGCUUGAGUCUCCCAAAACCGGGCAGUGUCCUGACCAGGUUCACAGGACAAGCUUGGUGAAACAAAUUGAAUUCAAUUUCCGAUCACAAGCCAUCACCUCUCCCAGAGCCACGGUGUCAAAAGAACAAGAGAAGUUUGGAAAAGUACCAUUCGAUUAUGCCAGUUUCGAUGCCCAGGUUUUUGGUAAACGCCCCCUCAUACAAACAAGUCAAGGACGAAAAACACCACCAUUUCCUGAAUCAAAGCAUUUUUCAAAUCCAGGGAAAUUUCCUAAUCGACUGCCUAGUGCAGGCGCCCACACACAGAGCCCUUGCCGUGCCAGCUCUUAUAGCUACGGUCAAUGUAGUGAAGACACCCACAUAGCAGCAGCUGCUGCCAUCCUGAACCUUUCCACCCGCUGCAGGGAAGCUGCAGAUAUCCUCUCCAACAAACCACAGAGUCUGCAUGCCAAGGGAGCCGAGAUAGAAGUGGAUGAAAAUGGCACAUUGGACUUAAGCCUGAAAAAAAAUCGAAUCCUGGACAAAGCUGCACCCCUAACUUCCUCUAACACUUCUAUUCCAACUCCUUCCUCUUCCCCAUUCAAAACAAGCAGCAUUUUGGUCAAUGCAGCAUUCUAUCAGGCUCUCUGUGAUCAAGAGGGCUGGGAUACUCCUAUCAACUAUAGCAAAACUCAUGGGAAGACAGAGGAGGAGAAAGAGAAAGACCCAGUGAGCUCUCUAGAAAAUUUAGAGGAAAAAAAGUUUCCUGGAGAGGCCUCCAUCCCAAGCCCUAAACCCAAGCUCCAUGCAAGAGAUCUCAAAAAAGAACUAAUCACCUGCCCAACGCCAGGAUGUGAUGGAAGUGGCCACGUCACAGGAAACUAUGCUUCCCAUCGCAGUGUUUCUGGAUGUCCUUUAGCAGAUAAGACUCUUAAAUCCCUCAUGGCUGCUAACUCUCAGGAGCUUAAGUGUCCAACCCCGGGGUGUGAUGGUUCAGGGCACGUGACUGGAAACUAUGCUUCCCACAGAAGUUUGUCCGGCUGCCCUCGUGCCAGGAAAGGUAGUGUCAAGAUGACUCCUACAAAGGAAGAAAAAGAAGACCCUGAACUCAAAUGCCCUGUGAUAGGGUGUGAUGGCCAAGGUCACAUAUCAGGUAAAUACACAUCCCACCGCACAGCUUCUGGCUGUCCCCUGGCUGCCAAGAGACAGAAGGAGAAUCCUCUCAAUGGGGCCCCCCUCUCCUGGAAACUGAACAAACAAGAGCUACCACACUGUCCCUUGCCAGGCUGCAAUGGGCUGGGCCAUGUAAAUAAUGUUUUUGUCACCCACAGAAGCUUAUCUGGAUGUCCUCUAAAUGCACAAGCCAUCAAAAAGGGCAAGGUCUCAGAAGAACUAAUGACCAUCAAGCUCAAAGCAACUGGCGGUUUAGAGAGUGAUGAAGAAAUUAGGCAUUUGGAUGAAGAAAUAAAGGAACUAAAUGAAUCCAACCUUAAAAUUGAAGCAGAUAUGAUGAAACUUCAGACGCAGAUCACAUCUAUGGAGAGCAACCUAAAGACAAUAGAGGAGGAGAACAGGCUCAUAGAGCAGAACAAUGAGAGCCUGCUGAAGGAGCUGGCAGGCCUGAGCCAAGCCCUCAUCUCCAGCCUUGCCGACAUUCAGCUCCCACAGAUGGGGCCUAUCAGUGAGCAGAAUUUUGAAGCAUAUGUAAAUACACUCACAGACAUGUACAGCAAUCUGGAACGGGACUAUUCCCCGGAAUGCAAAGCUCUGCUGGAAAGUAUCAAACAGGCAGUGAAGGGCAUCCAUGUGUAG